AUGGCGGCGGCGGGCAGCGGGUACCGCCGGGAGCGGGCCCUGGCCCUGCGGAACAGCAGCUCCGCCCUGUACAACAACCUGACUGUGCUGUGCCCCCCCGCGCGGCCCCCCCGGGCCUUCGGCGCCGUGCACGGCACCACCCUCAGCCUGCUGGGACCCGAGGGGCCCCCCCGGCAGCUGCCGGCGCGGGGGGGGGGCUCGGCCCUCAGCACCCCCCUGCUCACACAGGCCGCCUGGUGCGAGCUGCCAGCCCGGGUGCUCCUGGUCCUCACUUCCCAACGCGGUGUCCAGAUGUACGAGGCCGACGGCUCCACCCUGGUGUUCUGGCACGCGCUGGACGUCCCGGAGCACCCGGCGGCACAUUCCGUGUUUGCCCGAGGCAUCUCUGCGGCCGGGGAGCGCUUCAUCUGCGUGGGGACAUCCUCCGGGGCCGUGCUGGUGUUUGACAUCCCCCCCAAAGGCACCAACGUGACCCUGAGCGAGGUCCUGGAGCAGCACCGGGAUCCCAUCACCGACAUCGCGGCUGAGCAGGGCCAGGCCCCAGAGGCAGCUGGGGAUCUGGUGACAGCUGAUGACUCUGGGACCCUCUGCCUGUGGAGCACCGGGGAGGAGUUCACCCUGCUCGGAAAGAUCCCGGGAUCUGGCUGCACCUGCUCCUCGGUGACGCUGUGGAACGGGAUCGUGGCUGCGGGCUACGGGAAUGGGCAGAUCCGGCUGUGGGAGGCAGGGACGGGGCAGCUCCGUGCCCAGGUGAGCGCCCAUGCCCGCUGGAUCUACGCCCUGGACCUGGCACCGCUCACCGGAAAGCUGCUGUCGGGCGCAGAGGAUUCCUUUGUCCACGUCUGGAAGCUCAGCAGGGACCCGGACACGGAUGAUGUCGAGAUCCAGCACUGCCACGCCGAGUGCGUGACGGACACGCAGGUCUGCGGCGCCCGCUUCUGUGACCCUGCUGGGGACACCUUCGCUGUCACCGGCUACGACCUGAGCGAGAUCCUCUGCUAUGGCCCGGCCUGAGCCGGGAGCGCCGGGAACGCCGGGAACGUCGGGCUGAUCCAGCACCGCGGGCGAGGGGUGAGCACAGACCCCCCCUCCAGCUCCGAGGGGAUGUGAGGGGGGAGCUGGGCCGGAUCCUCCCGUGCCCAAAGCCCCGCCGAGGGCCGGAGCUGCUCUGGAGCCAGCCCAUCAAGGGGAUCCCCAAGAUACUCCCAUGGCCCCCCCUCCAGGUCCUGGGAUCCACCCGUGGCUCCCCACCCUUCCCGGAGGGCUGCGUGGCUGGGAACGGGCUCGGCCCAGACGGGAGGAUCCCGGGAAACCUGUGCUACCUGCUGCUCUGCCCCGGCCAGGAGAGCCCUGAGCCCGGCCCAGCCCUGAGCUUGGCCCAGCCCUG